AUGGUUUUCCCCUCCAAGAUCUCUUCUCCUCAACCCGUUCCCCGUUCUCUACUCCUCGGCGCGGGCGUCGCGGUGCCUCAACUGCAGCCCGCUUUUUCCGAGUCGUCUGUCCCCCCGCCGACGGCGGCCAUGCUAGCUGUCCUCAACGCCCGUAUGGGUUCCUCGGGAGGCGGUGAUCAGGUGUCCCCCGACGUGGGCUCCGGUUCUGAUGAGGUUUCCCUCGAGCGUGCUUUGCAGCAUGCGCGUGGCGAGUCCGCGGGUCUCCGCGCCUCCCUCGAGCGCACUGAUCGCACUCUGGCUGGCGUGCGUUCUCGCCUGAUGACGCAGGAUCAAGAACUUCGCCGCGUCAUGGCCGACUCCUCGCGUCACCUCGAUCGUAUCGCGCAGCUCGAGGCUCACGUCGCCUCCUUGACCGCCCAACUCGCCGGCACGGGCCGCGAGCUUGUUGAGGUCAAGGCGUCUCUGGCGACGGCCGAGUCGGAGCGCGGUAAGGCCUCUCGCCGCUCUCGAUUCUUUCACGGUCGCUACCAUCGCGUUCUUCAAGACGUCGACAACCUCGAUUCCCGCCUGAAGGGUCACCUGGAGGAGUUGCGCUUCGCCAAUGUCGCUCGGCGGGAGGCGGAGGAUGACGCGCGCGAGGCCCGCCGCGACCUUGCUCGACUGCGCCAUGAGUCCGCUCGCGCUCUGGAACGCCUUCGUAGUCGGCUCGGCGAUCUCCUCGAUGCUCAUAGCUCGCGUGUCCCGAGUGACCUUUAUCGACGCCUUCUUGAUCGUGUUCGUGCGUACACUGCGCGGUUCGGUCCUCUCGAGAGCGCCCUUUUUGGCGAGGGGGAAGCCGACGACAUUCUCAGUGAUGAUGCCGGCGAGGAGCAUGUCGAGCAGGCUGGAGGCGAAGGCGAAUCGGGUGGUCGUGACGUCGAGGGUGGGGAUGUGCUUAGCAGCGUCGAGCGGGGCGAGUCGGUGGCGGCGGUUGUGCAGGAUGCGGAUAUGAGCGACGUCGACUGA